AUGAAUCAAUAUAUUGAUAACGAUAUUUCAGUUUCAAAUAAGGAGGAACUUAUAUACUAUAUAAAAAUAUUAAAUCAUCUGGGAUCUUAUGAUGAAACAGUUACACUUAUUAAAUCUGUAAAUGUAGAGAAUUAUAACUUCAAUUACACAGAAUCUCUUUCAGUGGGAUUCGCUUUCAAGAAUGCUUUAAAUGUUAAAAGAAAAGAAAAAACCAUUCUUGAAAAUAUUAUUACAAAUGAAAAAUCCAGCGAAAGAGAAAAAAUUUGUGCCGAAUUACUCAAAUCAAAAUUAAAUACAGAUAUAAGAAGCAUUGAAAAAAAUACAUAUGCAGUCCUAAAAAAUAAAUGCAUUUCUAGAACAACUGACGAUAAAAUCCUAAUGCUCUAUUGGCAUAUACUUGGUGAUAUGUCAAGAUAUUGUGCAGAUACAUUUCAUGGUACCGAUAAAGAGAAAAUGCAUGAAAAAAGUAUGAAGUCUUAUUCUUAUGCCUUGCAUUACGCAAACAAAAUGAAAAUACCCCCUUCCAGUCCCAAAAUGUUAGAGUUAUUAGUUAGUUGGACAGUUUUACAUAAAGAUAUGAAUAAAGAUAUUAAUUAUUCAAUAGAGUUAGCAGCAGAAGCAUUUAGAAAUGCCAUUCAAAAUAUGCACCUCUUAGAAAAUGAUGACGAGUGCUCCAAAACAAUUCGCAUAUUAGGAAUAUUAAGGGAUAACAUAAACAAGUGGUGUGAAAUCAGUGGAAGAAAGAAUGUAAAUGCUCUAUUCGAAAUAAAUGGAGAAAACUUGGAUAAAUAUAAAGACAUUAUGAAUAGUACUCAUACAUAA